UUUCCUACAAGGAAGUGCAUUCCUCAGUUCUGGUUUGGUAUGAGGUAGUGCGGUAGUAUAAAGGUGUCACAGCAGGAGGUUUGUCCACAUAGCAUCCAGCAACAUGAAGGUCCUGCUGCUCUCCAUGGUGGUUCUGCUGCUGUGUAGCACACAAGUGCUCACACUGAAAUGCUUCACCUGCCAGGAUGAGAAUGACACUGUCUGUAAGACAGUGACAGAGUGCCACAAUUCGAACCAGUACUGCAAAACCUACAAGAAAGGUGACACAUUUUCUCGAAGCUGUGAGGAGUUCUGUGCUGAGGACUUCUUCACGGUCUGCUGCCAAGAGGACCUCUGCUAGAGCUGGAGUGCCACUCAGCGUCUCCUUUUACUCUUCUAUUACUAUAAAGCCCAAUGAAGAAAUAAAUUAGAUAAAUGCUACUACAACACAAGAUGAUUUGUUUACAUAUCAGAAUCUUCUGUGAUUUCUCCUGUUCUUGUUUCUGCUUUCAAAUAAAAAUGCACUAAUGUCAACCAAAA